ACUAUGUCGUCUCGACAUCUGCAAACCCACUUAUCGAAACGCCGAAUUUUGGCUCCAAAUUGAAAGGGUAUUGGCUCCCUGGUACUGGUAAUUCUUUUUGCUUCCAGGGUAUCAUAACCAUGAUUCUGUCUUCUAAUGAGCUUCCAAAAGCACUGAAUGGGACAGCAUACCACCUUGAGCGUGAAUUAUCAUGUCAGGAUCAGUGUCAAAAUAUCUGUAUCAAAAAUACAUCUGUUAUUGAUACUUCAAUCACCUGGUGUCUUGUAGUAAGCAAUCCAAAAUUUUUUAAUGACUCUGUUGAGAUCUUUAUUGAUAAUGAAUCUGCAAGUACUAUUACUACAACAAUCACAUCCUCAGUACUAGUAACACCAACAAUAACACCAACAGGGACAUCAAUUGGAACUUCCACUAAUAGUUCUCAGAUGACAAACUCAACCUCUGGGAAUGAUAAAUAUGAAUGGAAUUGGAGA